AUGGGGCGCAAAGAGGAUUUGUCUCUUCCUGAAACCGGCUCUGCGGAAUUGGGAACUCCGUGUGGGAGGCGCAGGGGUGCGGUCGGAAACACGCAGGAAGAUUUCAGGGAGUCGGGGGUCCUGGCGGAGCAGCAGCCUCCCGCGUGGGUGUCUGUGCGAGUCCGCGUGGGCGGGGCGGGGGUGGGCUACAGCUUUGGCAGCAAAUUGGAGCAUUCAUUCCAGGGAGAAGCCUCGAGCAGGGCAGGGCCUUGUCAGCGGCUUGGCGGGAAAAGAGCGGAGGGAGGGAUCUCCGGGAGGUAUAAAAGAAGGUUUCCUGGGCUUUCUGCGACUCGCUGUAGUAAUUCCAGCGAGAGGCAGAGGGAGCGAGCGGGCGGGCCGCGAGGGUGCCACAACCGAGCAACCAAAGGCGGCAGAGCCGCGCUCCGAGCGCCUUGGGCGGGGAGAUCCGGACAGCGAAACUUUGCCUCUUGCCGCGGGCGGGCACUUGACACUGGAACUUACAAUACCCGGGCGAGGACGCAGACGCCUGGAGCCGGGAGGCGAGCCCGCCCGUUUGGGGAGACACUUUUCCCCGCUACUGCCCACGACCCACUGCCUCUGAAGGGCGCUCCUCGCCGCCGUCCGGACGCUGGAUUUCCUUCGAAGAGUGGAAACCCCGGUGGCGCAAAACUUUGCGCCUUCAGAUUUGGCAGCUCGGUUCUUCGCCACCGCGGCCUCGCCCGGCCUCUUAAGGAGGCCAAGUCCGAUUUUGACUCCUCUGCGGCUGUGGGGCAGGCUCCCGAGUUCACACCCCAAAAUCUCGGGGGAGAUCCAGAUGUUGGCGGGUACUAG